ACAGCUGACUGUGACACUUGUGUUCCCCGUGAAGAAGAAGAGCAAUUUGUUGGAAAAAAUCGCCAUUCGCAAAUUACAAAAUUAGAUUCGUGCAAUCGCAGGCAUUAGGUGCCCCCUUAUUGUGGGCCAACCCAGUGGCGUGACCGUGGCCGGAAGUGCAUGCAAAUAUCCGAGAGAACAGCGCUCCCGCACUCCCUACCCUGAUAUGAGAGCAGUCAGGCGGAUCGUGGCCAGUUGAUUCCAUCCUAGUUGCCAGCAUGUUCCGGAGUCGCAGCUGGUUCGGCGGACCCUGGGGCGGGCGGCCCAAGAACCGCCUGUCGCUGGAGCACCUGAAGUACCUGUACAGCAUUCUGGAGAAGAACACCACAGUGUCGGAAAGUAAUCGUGGCCUGCUGGUGGAGUCUCUGCGCUGCAUCGCAGAGAUCCUGAUUUGGGGCGACCAGCAUGACUCGCUGGUGUUUGACUUCUUUUUGGAGAAGAAUAUGCUAUCGUAUUUCCUGCACAUAAUGCGACAAAAGAGUGGAGGCUCGAGUUUCGUCUGCGUGCAGCUCCUUCAGACUCUCAACAUCCUCUUUGAGAACAUACGCAACGAAACGUCCCUGUAUUAUCUGUUGAGCAACAACCAUGUAAAUUCUAUCAUGGUGCACAAGUUUGACUUCUCCGACGAGGAUGUGAUGGGCUAUUACAUACUGUUUCUAAAGACGCUAAGUCUAAAGUUAAACACCCACACAAUACACUUCUUUUACAAUGAGCACACAAAUGACUUUCCCUUGUACACAGAGGCUAUAAAGUUCUUUAAUCAUCCCGAGUCAAUGGUGAGAAUUGCAGUGCGCACCAUUUCCUUAAAUGUCUACAAGGUUCAAAACCCAAGCAUGUUGCGUUUUAUUCGAGACAAAACGGCUGCUCCAUAUUUCAGUAAUCUGGUCUGGUUUAUCGGCAAACACAUUCUGGAACUAGACACUUGUGUUCGCACAGAUAUAGACCAUCAAUCGAAUCAAAAAUUGUCCAAUUUGGUUGCCGAGCAUCUGGAUCAUUUGCAUUAUUUGAGCGACAUUCUCCUGCUGGAAAUCAAGGAUCUGAACGCGGUGUUAACCGAGCACUUGCUGCAUAAGCUAUUCGUGCCUCUGUACAUAUUCUCACUUACACCAGCUCCGCCCCCGCCCUCACUGGCAGUGGUUACCCAGAAUCUAGCUGCUGUGCUUAAUCGCAAUGUUGACAUCGACAUACAGGAGAUGCACAAUCCGCGAGUGAGCUCCAUCGUGGCCCUUUUCCUGCUCUCAUUGGUCUUCCUGGUGGUUUCGCAUGCCCCACUGGUGCACGCUCUGGCCUGGGUUAUCCUCAAUGGCGACCACAGCGUCUUUAAGGAGGGUGCUGCCGAGAUUCUUAAUUCAUACGUUGAGCACCGCGAAGUGGUUGUGCCUGGCUUCGGAGAGCCCAACGAGAGUCUCGAGCAAGCCUUGGAUACCGUCACCGGUCAGUCUAGCUCAUCCAGCUAUGCCCUCAGCGAGGACAGUGGCGUGGAGUCCUCAUCCCCAGCCACCACAGAACUGGAUUCUCAAGCGGAUGCGGUUGAAGCGGAGCAGAUAAAACUGCGCAACAUAACUGACGAGGAAAAGCAGCUGCUGCAGAAGUCAUCUUCCUCAACGAAGGCUGAUUUUGCUGAGAUGGCCAAGCCGUUUUUAGACACGGUCCUGCAUGCUUUGGACUGUACCGAAAACGAUUACCUUGCCCUGCUGUCGCUGUGCCUCAUAUAUGCCAUGUCACACAAUCGAGAUGGUAUCAAGAAUGAGUGGUUCGAGCAGGUUCUUGCAAAAUCAACCCGUGGCGCCUUCAGUUAUAAGACAGCCUUGAUUGAGCAUCUUUUAAACAUCAUCACCCAGUCCAGUCAGCCAUCGUCCCGCAUUCGUUUGAUUACCGUUGAGAUUGCUUUGGAGUUACUGGUCACUUUCACCCGUCCCAGCUCUGAUGAUUCGCGCUGCAUUACCGCCGCUCAACAGGAUCUGCUCUUCAGCGCCCGCAAUCAGUCGAUGGUGGUGCUCCGUAACUUCUACAGGUCCGAGGACAUCUUCCUAGACCUGUUCGAAGACGAAUAUAACGAGAUGCGAAAGGCGCAACUGAACGUAGAAUUUCUGUGUAUGGACUCCACCAUUCUACUGCCUCCUACGGGAACGCCCCUUACGGGAAUCAACUUUACGCGACGACUCCCCUGCGGGGAGGUGGAAAAGGCCCGCCGAGCCAUUCGCGUGUACUUCCUGCUGCGUCGCACGUGCCAAAAGUUUUUGAAUGAGAAGGAAUCACUAUUGCCGCUUACAAAUGUAGUCAAUCUGGUCCAGGUGGAGAACGUACUUGAUCUGAACAAUAGUGACCUAAUAGCCUGCACCGUUGUGGCCAAGGACAGCAGCAAGCAAAGACGUUUUCUGGUCAUUGACGCGUUGCAGCUAAUUCUCGUCGAGCCGGAUGCAAAGCUGCUGGGCUGGGGUGUGGCAAAGUUUGUUGGCUUUCUGCAGGACGUAGAGGUGCAGGGCGAUAAGGAUGACUCGCGCUGCUUGCACAUCACCGUGCACCGGGGCGGAGUCACUCACAACCGCACUCCGUUGCUCUCGGCCAAGUUCCUGUUCGACGAUCACAUCCGUUGCAUGGCUGCCAAGCAGAGGUUGACAAAGGGUCGCAGCAAGGCGCGACAAAAGAAGAUGUACCAGAUUGCGCAGCUCAUCGAGAUUCCUGGACAGAUGGACUCUCCCGUCUACGCUGUUGGUGGCACAAUGGUCGCAUCCAGUAGCGGCGGAAGUGGUAACAGCAGUGGCAGCAGUUCGCGCAGUAGUCACCACCGUCCCAUGUUCUCCACGGCCAAUCGAGUGCCGGGAUUUGCAGCAGUGCUGCGUGGAAGCAAUAGCGCUGGGGUUAGUCGAACCCAGAUGGCCCCGAAUCGUUCCAUCGAAGGAAUUAGAAAUGAAAGCGCUGGCCGCUCCCGACGCCGCAGUCCCAGCUCAACUUCGGGCUCGAAUCUUAGGGCCGAUCACUCAGAUCGGGAGCGAUCGCCUAGUGUUAGCAUGGGCAGCCACAGCUCCUCGCAGUCGCGGGAAAACUCCCAGCCCAGAAGUACUGGAAAUCGGUCGCGGGAGAACAGCCCUAGAAUGCCCAGGCCGCGGUCGGAGGAGAUUCCUCUCGAGGAUUUCCAGCACUCACGCAACAACAGUCCGCACUCUCGCGGAAAUCCCUCGCCUGCCUCCCGCUCACACACACCCAUCCGCGUGCUCCACUACGAUCAGCUAUCCGCACACAGCGGCUCACCACGUGAAGCGUCCCUGGGGGGAACUAACGCCCUUCUAAGCCAGUUAAAUGGCCUGGCCCGUGAAGUGCCCCCAACACAGAGCUCCGAGGAGACUUCUUUUAUCGGGAGCGACGGAAACGAGGCCACUGGCGGAUCGGAGGGCAGGCGACGGGGGGCCAUAGAGACGGUCUAAGAGACUAGAAAUUUUAGUAUUACUUUGGGAGGAGCCUUAUGCUUAGAUUGUUGCUAAAAUUUUGUUAUUCCAGUUGAUUAAUAAGGUGGUACAUACUCUAAUUCCUUUUCAUUUUAAAUAAAAACUAACUUGACGAAUUUGA